CUGAACUUGAACUCUUCACACUUCCUCCUUCACGUUCCUAUUCAAUUGAUCUGAUUUACGAUUGUUCUCACUUCAUCAAACAAACCACAUAUUUCACAUAGAACCAACAACAUGGACACUCUCAGAAAUGCAGCAACUGUCGCCGCUAGCUACGUUGGCUUGGGCGGUACCGCUGAAGAGGACAGAGGCGAGACUAGUCAUAUUGCAGGCGGCGAGGCUCCUCAGAAUGUCGCUACCGGUACUUCUCAGUCAGGCGUAGAACCUGUCUCGGGAAAGCUUGGUCGUGGAGAGGCCGGUGAGCCAUACGAUGCUGGUAACCUGGACGGUGACGCAGCUCUUACUGGUAGCUCUGUACAGGAUUCUACCUCGGGUCUCACCUCUCAAUCAACCUUCAGCCAUACCCAGAGUACCAGCAGCACUGGACUCGGCAGUGGUCUGACCGGCAGUAGCGGUCUCACUGGUGACAGUGGAAACAACGGGUUCACUAGCGGGCCUACCAGCUCCGGUAUCCGUUCUAACACAAGCUCAUCCGAGAACACCACAUCUUCGAAACCCGUCUCAGAGAAGGUCCGCGAGACCUUUGGUGUCGGUGGCGGUAACAAGCAUGGCACUGGUCUGGGUAGCCGUGAAGAUGGACCUGGAUACGGCACGGGCUCAAAGCGAGACAAGGAUGGCUCCCUGGGCUCAGUCGUUGGACACGGAUCCAACCCCGACAAGUACUUGUACAACUCAAAGACCGCCCCUGGACUUGGUGGACACCGCAUCAGCGAUGACUUCACCGACUCAAACACCAGAAAUGAGGGUGCCGAUUCGUUGCCAGCCAGUCUGGGCUCGGACGCUGCGGCUGGCAAGGCUGAGCACUCGGGAACUCAUUCAUCGUCUGGAGGUCUAACCUCGGGGCGUUCCGAGAAUGACAGAUAUGCCUCGGGGGGCACUGGCGGUGCUUCUGGAACUGGCGAGAGCCUUACUCAGAAGGCAAAAGACUAUCUGCCUGGUGCCAGCAGUCACUCUAGCGCCCGCGACAACACAGCUCUCGCUGGUGCUACUGCAGCCAUGGCUGGCUUCGGGCACAACCAGCCCGGCCAUGGCAGCUCUGCUAAUACAUCUGGCAACACCCACGCUCUUCCCGUCCGCACUCACGACUCUUCCCUUACCGAAGAUAGAGAUCAUGGUGGUAGCUCCCUUGGUGGAUCCAGCCUCGGAGGAUCUGUCCUUACCGGCACCGGAUCAUCGGGUCUCUCCAGUGGUCUAACUAGCUCAAGUACCACUGGCACUGGAUCAGGUCUCACUGGCUCGCAUGAUCAUAGCCAUGGGCUCAGUGAGGUGGCGUGUGAAGCAGAGCAUGAAGGGUACAAGCCUCACGGUGGCCACCCUAUCGGUGAAGCCGCUCAUAGCACUGUAGAUGGCAAGCAGACUUGGCUUGACUACCGCAAUGAUCCAAGCCUGCCCGUGGCUCGUGCCAACCCAGCCGACCAGUAGAUACCUCUGGUCAUGACUAACAUGGUAGCUUGACGACUUGUUGAUGACGGAUGAUUCAUGUGUAUCUUAUGAUGAUGGGGAACAGAUUUGCACGAGUUUGUAGUCCACAUGAGAUAACAAGCUUCUCCCAUAGUUGAACGCAACCUUCGAUCAUCGUUUUCUUGAUUGUGCAGAUGCAUGGGAACUUCAAAGAUCCGAAGAUCGCUGCU